AUGGAUGAAGAGAAUUCCUCCCCCCCUCAACCCACUGCAACCCGCAGCGCUCCCCUUCUUAGCCUCAUAUCGCAAAUACCCCAGGCUGAGAUGACCGAGAGCAUCUAUUCCGUCACCCCUCUCCCUUCCCAAUUCCCUUAUUCUACUCAAUCACCCGAACCUUGCGGCAAGAUUCGUGUAGGGGAGAAAAUCUACACCAUAAAGAGGAUUCUUUUUGCGACCCGAGGCCUCGUUGGUCGCGGAACCGUUUGCUAUUUAGUCACCUUGGACGAUGAAGACUACAUCAUCAAAGAUCAUUGGGUUCUGGGCAAGGACGAUAAUGUAGUCCUGAACGAGAUCAAGAUGCUGGAGUUAAUGGACAACAUCCCUGGCGUUCCAAGGCUGGUGGAUUAUUGGGUUGUUGAGCGGUCAGAUGGUGAGCCCGACAUUACCCGCAAAUAUUGGCACAAGGAACGCCGGAGUACCAGAGGCACCAGUCGUACUCAUGUGCGUCUUGUCUUGAAGCCAUGUGGUCGCCCCCUUCACAUGUUCCGAAUGCUUAAGGAGUUCGUGCGAGCACUAAGAGAUAUUGUUAAGAUCCUACAAACUGCAGUGGAGGAACGUCAGAUUUUGCAUCGGGACUGUAGUCUUAACAACGCGAUGAUCCUAGACGAGCUUGGCAGUAGUGAAGGGUUUCUUAUUGACUGGGAGUUCACAGUUCGUAUUGCCGCGGAUAACAAAUAUCCCAUCGGUGGUACAGGCACAGUCCCUUUCAUGUCACGUGGGCUACUCAACCAGGUUGCAAUCCUGCAGCAACAGGCGAACUCGGAAUCGAUGAAGAAGAAAACUCGGGCACAUAAAUCAACGAAAAAACCGACAACCCCGAAAUCAUCGUCGGAUUCUUUGGCUCUGCCAAUAUCAUUUGUCGUUCACAGAUUCGCGGAUGACUUGGAGUCUCUUUUUUUUAUAUUCGCUUGGGUUUGCAUCAAGUUCAGUGGUCCCAAUGGCAUGGUGCGCCAGGGGCCCUUACCCAAUUCCUUGCUGGAUCGAUGGACAAGCCUUGACUUGGAAACAUGCGCCGCCUUCAAGAUCACCUUUUUCGUGAAUCCAGCAGAAGAAAAGCGUCUCACUGAUGAAUUUCACCCGUACUUCAGGGACCUCAUCCCCCUCGCAACCGAGUGGCGUAAAGCUCUGGCGGACAACAUGAUUCACCCCGUCACCUUCAGUACCAUUCUUGGUAUACUCAACUCGCAUCUUAACAAGCUUCCCGACGACGAGGAGCUCGCAACUACUGUGAAUAUGCUCAAGAAUGAUGCUGCCGUUCUCGCGGAUCGUUUCAAGGGGAAACGGCUUGCUUCAGAGUCUUUCUCUGUUGUGGAGCCUAAGCGACAGAAGUCCCAUCAUACUGGAGACACUGAGUCUGAUUCAGCAUCGGGCAGUGACGCAUGA